CGCAGUCGUAAACACAAGACCCCAUUAUAUCGUAUUAAUUGUACUCUGUGCCAGCAUUCAUCAUGUACCUUCUACGCCGAACCGCCGCUCGCGCAGUGUCCUCGAAGGCGAUUUUCACUCAACCACGAUCAGUUGCUGCUAUCACACCAGCUUCUCUCAAACUCCACGCUUACACCCGAAUCAUUCCAGCAUUUCAAAGGAGAUUUGCCAGCGAUGAUGCCACCAAGAUAACAACCGAAUCGAUAUCAAAUGCUACUGCUCAGUCUGAGGCACCCGAAGCAUUUGCGCAGACCGCUGCAGAGGCACCAAUCGAGGAGAAUCUGACUCCGGUGCAAGCAGCUGCAGAAGCCCCGCCGACAAAUGCUUCUGCUACUGUCGGUGCGGAUGCGCUGGCGGCAGCGGCUCAGACAGCUCAACGCUCGACUAGAAGAUCUCGAUUCCCACUCCGCGAACCUAGUGCACCUGCCGAGCCUAGUAAUGUUAUCUACGUGGGAAACCUCUAUUAUGAGGUGGGCGAGGAACAAAUCCAGAAUGUGUUCUCUAAGUUUGGCGAAAUCGAAAGUCUUGCGAUCGCCCGUGACAACCGAGGAAUUAGCAGAGGAUUUGCUCAUGUUACCUACAAGAAGGUUGCUGAUGCCGAUAUGGCUAUACAGAACCUCGACAUGCAAGUUUUCGAGGGACGAAAUCUGGUUGUCCAAUACCACAAACCGAGAGAAGUUCGCAGGGGCGGGCAGGCAAGGCCAGCUGACCCUACCAAGACCUUGUUCAUUGGAAACAUGUCAUUUGAAAUGACCGACAAAGAUCUCAAUGAACUCUUCCGUGACAUUCGUAACGUCACGGAGGUUCGUGUUGCAAUCGAUCGACGCACCGGCGUGCCCAGAGGCUUCUCCCACGCUGAUUUCCUCGAUGUCGCAAGCGCGACUGCUGCCAAGGAGUUUCUUGCUGAGAAGACCAUCUAUGGCAGGACGCUGCGAGUCGAUUAUAGCAAGUCAACGAGGCAAUCACCCCAAAGGAAUGGCGCUUCAGGCGAAUCCCAAUCCGACAAGGACAACAGUCGAUGAAGUACUCGGCUUGAGAAACAGUUUUUGCAUACCUUCUAGCAGUUGGAAAUCUUGAAGCGCCUGCGUGCCAUUUCCCCAAAAGUGCUGGGAGCUUUCACAAAAGGAUGGGUGUAGCAAGUACCAUAUGUCCAGACUUAUCGCACUAACCGGUAUUCAAUUAAGCGACGAGGGAUUUGUAUUAUAGUUUAGAAGGCUAGGGUUGUUUCUUGCAUUCCCCACUUUGCCUCGCAUGUCUGUAAGAGUAGGAUGAUGCACGUAUAUCUGGUCUGGUGGGACUUUGUCCGCACUAUAUAGGAACAACACAUGAGAGAAGAUGAUGAAUGUUAAUGUCUUCAAUGCCAGUCCCUGCCUUCUUCAGUAUUUCGACCCGAUUGGGAGGAUCCAUUUUGUUCUUACGGAACGCGUGCACGUUUAUGAUCGCUCAUAAUGGCAGUGAAGGGUAAAGAUGACC